CAUCAUGCGCUCUCGGCACGCUUGCGCUUCUGGGGCAUCCGUGCAGCAGCAGCUGCUGCUACUGCUGCUCGCAGCAUUGCGUGUACACAAAGCAGCAGCAACAGGAGCAGCAUCAGCGAUUGCGGAUGGAGCCCAUGGGAGGAAUAUCAUCGUCCUCGAGGAAGGGUGCACCCCGUUCCCCAUGCCUCCAGACCGUACGUGCUUGGGGCCACGGGGGCCUGGGCACCCCUCCGUGUCCGUCUCCCCCGAGCGGCCCUCUCAGGCGGGCAGGGACGCCCUGCGGCUGAGUUGGAGUCCCAGUCCGCACAGGCACAACCGCCUCAAGGGCUUCCAGGUGACGCUGCUUGGCCUCACAGGAGACAUGGGGCGCUGGACCUGCUGGGAAGUGCUGCUCAGGAAGGUGCCUCCGGACACCCAGUUCCUGCUCACCUCACACGACCUGCGGCUGGGGGUGAACUACAGCAUCACCAUCCAGACGCUCCCCCCUGCUGGCGUCGACUGCCCACAGAACAGCCACACGAUGCUUCACUACCACACCCGCAGCUGCGAGGAGAUUUUGAGUCUUGAAGGCCCGAGCCUUGAGGACUUCUGCAUACCGGAUUGGAAACCGGCGCAGGUGAACGCUUCGGUGGACGGUUCGACUGUGACGGUGAAGUUCUGGGUCGCCACGCCCGUACACCGGGUGCGCGGGUACAACCUGUACCUGGGCAAGCCGCACGAUAGCGACGUGCCCAACUUCUACGCCUGGUUCCCCAGGAUCUUCACCAUGGCCACCGUCCAGGGGGAACAGGUGAAUGAGAAGUUUGCCUCCCACACAUUCAGAGAUCUGAAGCCCGGCGAUUAUACUGUGCAGGUGGCUGCCCAGAAAGUGGAUGCUAUUCGCAGCAAACCAACCCUCUUCACAAUAUCCGAGGGGCCGGAGACUCCACCGGCGCCGCGUGCCGCCACCGCGUGCGCCUUACCGAGCGGCAAACGAGAGCGCGAGAAAUGUGCGGAGGAGAAGGGGCUCCUGGGCAAAAGCGGUAGCAGCAGCCGGGACGAAGUGUCCCGGCUCAAAAAGGAAAUAAAAAAGCUCAACAGUAAGUUUGCCCGAUUGAAGAAAAAGGCACAGAGACCACGCAAGAAGAAAAGGAGACAGAGGCCGGCGGGCAGUUACUGAUCGUGAGCCACUUUGUUACACGUGCUGCUCUUAGGGUUGCCAUCUGUCCUGGGUUUCCCGUGAUCGCCCCUCGUUUUGAGGUCGCCGUCUUAGGAAACCCGUACUUGUUCCGAGGACGCAAUCCAUCCUGGUAUUGGUAAUCCACCAAUCUAAACAAUGCAUUGUAAUUACACGUAGCCUCUUCCCCUCUUUGAUAUUGUCAUAUAUUAGUGUUAUUGUGUCCUGGUUUUGAUUGACCUCCCAGGUGGCAACCCUAGCUACUUUACGCUGUGUUUCUUUGUGUGCACAUGUGAAGUCCAGCGUCAUGUUGAAAGGAUUUUCUCGCGACCGUUGGAGGCUGCAUCUCGUGCACCGCGUGGUCAACGUGACGAUUGCGUUUGUGAAACUCCACUCGCACGACAGCGACGACGUAUGCAGAGAUCACAGUCGUGCCCCCCCCCCCCCUCGUUCAAAUGAGCGAUGAGCACGGUGCUUAUCUCAUUCUGCCACAUGGUCCUGAACCGGUGGAAUUAAUUAUUCCACUUGAGGCAAGUUCUGUUAGCGAGCACCUAUGAAGGCCGGCCUGGUAUACGAGGGGGUGGGUGGCUGAGCACCACGUCCG